GGGUUCGAUUGUGAUAGAUCAGUGAAAGUCGCUCAGCGAAAUGUCAGUAUCAGAUCUGUUAGGCACAUUGGACGCCAUUCCAAAGCCAAUGAACUCACGCACUGAGGCAGACACGCAGAUUUCGGGUGGGCCGGAGUGGUUAACACAGAGAUACCUGCAGGAUGCCCUUCGCCAAUUCUACAGGGACCCGAACCUUAGGAUCAUCGCAUUGGACGGUCGUCCGGCCUUAGGGCGCGGUGAAAACUAUGGCGGCGUCUUGACCCGCAUUACGGCGGAGUUCGUCAGCGGCGAUGGCAACUCCCAGAUCGGAAACUAUAUAAUCAAGACCACAUACGAGAGCAACGAGUUCGUACGCAAAAUCAUGGAGCCCUACGACAUAUUCAACCGUGAAAUGUCCGUUUAUGAACAGAUUCUGCCCAAGCUGAAGGCUCUGCUACUAGAGAUCGGGGAUAGUGAGCAGCUCUUUGCUGAGACGAUGGCCGUAGACUACGAUCGCUCAGCUCUAGUCUUCGAUGAUCUUAGCAAGCGUGGCUACGUGAUGCCCGACCGCCUGGUGGGCCUUGAUCUCAAUCUGGCUCGCCUCGUGCUGCGCAAGCUGGCCAAGAUGCACGCCACCUCCGCCGUGCUGAAUGAGCGCGAGAACGGCGUCCUGGAGAGCUACGAUCGUGGCAUGUUCAACCGGCACACGGACAACUAUGCGCCCAUAUUUGAGGGCAUGGUACAGGCCGCCAGCAAGUGCGUGGCCCAAUGGCCGGGCUAUGAGCACUAUGCCCAGAAACUGAACGAUCUUGUGCCCGUCUACAUGGAACUGGGCAAGCGGGUGUUCGACGUCUGCCCAGGGAUCAAUGUGCUGGCCCACGGUGAUCUCUGGACCAAUAAUGUUCUAGUUAAGUACAACGAAGCCACUGCCGAGCCGGAGGAUGCCAUUAUCAUUGACUUCCAGUACGCCGUCUGGGGAUCUCCGGCCAUUGAUCUCUUUUAUUUCCUGAACUCGUCGCUACAAUUGGAUUUGCAUUUGCACCAUCAAGAGGAGCUUAUUCAGCACUAUUUCAAGAUUUUCUCGGAUACGCUCAGAAAGCUGCGUUACAAAGCACAUAUUCCUAGCUUGCAUAACUUUCACGUGCAGCUGAAGGAGAAGUCCUUCUAUGCUAUGCACACCAGCUUGGGCAUCUUUCCCAUCCAGAGGAAUGUGGAAACGGACGAUGCAGACUUUAAUGCUUUAAUCAAAACAGAUCAGCGAGCAAUCAACUUCAAGAAUGCCUGCUACAGAAAUCCAGCAACCCAGAAUGUAAUGCGAGAACUAUUAUCCGUAUAUGAUAGUGAAGGGUUGCUCGAUGCAGAUCAGUGAUUUACUAUGUGAUUCGCCUUAAACUUUGUAUUA